AUGAAUAUCAAUAAAGAGUAUUUGGAAACAUUCAGCAAAGUGUUAAAUCUUACACUAGAAACAGUUUCACAAGCUUCUCAAUAUAUUGUCCAAAGAGUCCAGCACCUUUCCUUGUCUUCAGUACCCGAUGAUAUGCUACACAUAAACAACUUACAACCAAGUGAUACGUCGGAGAAUGAGCAGCAAAUGUCUCAUAUGGAUCAAGGAAGCGAAAUGGAUGAACCAAAAACCAUUUAA